AUGUGGCUAAUCGACGUCGAGACAAUGGGACUCAAAUGGUUCAUGGGGAAUGAGUGGACUCCUCCGUAUGCCAUUCUGUCGCAUCUUUGGGGACCUGAUGAGUCGCUGUUCCACGAUUUUGUACGAGAGACCGGACGGCAUAAGAUGGGGUCUCAGAAGAUCUUGCGAUGCUGCCAACUAGCCAAGCGCGACUCUCUUAACUGGCUCUGGGUGGACACAUGCUGCAUCAACAAAGAGUCUAGCGCCGAGCUCUCCGAAACUAUCAACACGAUGUUCCAGUGGUACGAAAAAGCGGCAGUCUGCUACACUUACCUGCCCGACGUUCUGGAUAUCUACGAGACGUCGAACGAGGAUAAGUUUACUGACAGCCGUUGGUUUCGUCGAGGUUGGACGCUCCAGGAGCUUAUAGCUCCACAAGAGGUCCAUUUCUAUGAUGAGAGCUGGAAAUAUAUCGCCUCUCGGAGCGCAUUGGCGGACCAGAUCGCUAAAGUCACGAACGUUGACGUUGCCUUACUCCAGGAGCGUCGUGGACAGGUCUCGAGCAUGCUCAGUAACUACAGCGUCGCUCAGCGUCUUUCGUGGGCUGCUAAUCGCGAAACGACUCGGGAAGAGGAUCAGGCGUACAGCUUGCUAGGUAUCUUCGGCAUCAAAGAGAUCAUGCGAUCCACUGCAGACUUGUCCAUACUCGCCUGGUCCCCUACGCCUGGAUCGAUCGCCGAACGUGCUCAGCAGCCCUUGGCCUGUUCGCUAGCAGACUUCGCCAAGGGCGGAAAGUUGAUACCUACCCAGCAACCAACCGGCGCGGCCUGGUACAGCGAGACGACAUUGACUAACGCUGCCCUGCGAAUCACCACGUCGGUUCGCGAAGUACCAAAUCCCGGGACCACGGAGAAGCAGCUUGUUGCAAUUCUGGGCUGUUGA